AACAGCUGCUCGUGACAGUUCAGCUGUGACUGCUCCCUCUGACUGGACGGGGAUCCGCAGGUGUGUUCGGCACAGACACAGACUGUCGGCCGUGACGUGACACACCGCAAAGUGGACACCGGACAGUGAACACCGGAGCGACCCGUUCAGAACAAUAUCUACAAUGUUUAGAUGCUAAUAUCAAGCGGAGGGAAAAAGAUGAUUGGAUGAUGAACCCGAGCCACAGCCAGCCCCCCUCUCACACAGUGCAAGCGGAGGAAACCUGCACUGUGCGGGACUCGCCACCCCAAACCACUGAAGUCUUCAAAACUGUGCCCCCCCGCCACGUUGUUAUUGGAGCCAGACCCUUCUGCUCCCCCGAGUACAGCCCUGACUUCCACAAGUUGGGCUCAACAGUACCUUACAGCACAUACAGACCGAGGACAGAUAUCAGAGCAGACACCUCCACUCCUCUGCAGUCUUCUGCCAAGACACAUGUGCCGUACUCAGAGAAGAAGAGGCUCCUGGACAAACAAGAGGAGAUCCAGGAGGUGAAGCAGCUGGAUGAGUGGAGGCCCGCUGUAGGCAUCUUCACAGCAGUGCUGGAGGAGUUAGAGAACAAAGCCAGCUAACAAGUUACACAAACACAAUAGUGUACUCUUUAUCUUCAUCUGAACCUUGUAAGAAAUACACACACUGCUGAUGGAUAUACAAGCAAUUUCAACAUUCCAGAAUCUUCCACGACAUAACUCAAGAUAUGCUUUUUUCUUACUAUGACUUUUUCUUUAUUAGAUUGCGCAACUAAAGUGUAGGCUGCUGUUCUUUCUUUUGCUGUUCUUGAAUUUGUUUCGUCUUUAUCCUUUCUAUAAUGAAAGUGUUUGAGGUACUUCUAUGUAGGUGAGAAGGAAUGCAGCAUCCUCCUGGAUAAGUAAUAAAUCAUGUCCAGCUGCCUUUGUCUGUGACUAAGAUGACUCAUCAUCAAGCCUUCACGUGGUCCAUGUUCUCCUCAGUGUAACCAAGAAGCUGACAUCUUAUUUAGAUGGAUCCACUCUGAUCUAUUGUGUGUGUAUAACAUGGACUUACCUUUAAUAAAGUAUUUCAGAAGAAUC